AUGGUCAGAUUUUAUGAGCUGACAAGAUUACGUGUGGCAGGUGCCUCGGCCUCUGACAGCUUUAAAGAGUGCAGGCAGUUCCUCUACAUGCGAACGCCACCCGCUGGCAUCCAGGGGACCAACAUGAAAAGGAUAUGCCAACGCUAUGGAGACAAGCCACGCUACGCCACCCUGUAUGAGCAGCCGCCGCUGCCUCUGUAUUCAGCCUACACCUUCAAACAAUCAGAUGGGCAGGGGAGGAUGGACACGCCCUGGAUGUAUGAACCACAGCUAGCCACUGUGGAGGACAGUCCAAACAUGCAAAUUCUGCCCCCUAGUGGCAAGCUGGACCCAUUGCUCGAGGAGAGCCAGGCUCUGUUAGAGGACUAUUUCGAUGCCGCGGCAUAUGAACGUGGCGCACUGAACCCAGACCAGCACCAGGCAGAGAGCCAGGACAAGGCUGCUACCUACACUCUCACCAACGUGGUGCCUCAGAUCACUGACUUCACCAAGGGCUCGUGGGAAGCCUAUAUCGACAGAGUAAGACGUCGACUCAACAACUUCUGCCGAGGGGUUGCUUACAUGGUGACUGGGGUGACCAUUUCUGGGGUAACCAUCCGAAGAGGUGGGCAGGACAGACUGGCUGUCCCCAAGCACCUGUGGUCAGCCUACUGUUGCCCACGGUACGAGCGUAAUUCACCCUAUGAAGUGAGGUAUAUGUUCCCUUCCUAUGGAGCCUAUGGUCUCAAUGACAUGAUGGACCAUGAUGUUGUGGAGGUGCCUCUAAGAACACUGGAGAACUUUCUGCAGAGCCAAACAGGAACGGACAGAAACGUUAGCAUUUUCCUCAAAGGCUGCAUCUCAGAGAACACAUUUAAAAGGAAGAAAAGGUAG